AUGUGUCCCCUUGGAGCAUCCACCCGGGAGCAAGGCAGAGACCUGGCCUCUAGGAAGAGACAACUGUGUCUGGAAAUGACCCGGUGCCUCAGUCCCAGGGUGCAGCAGGAAACACACCCCUCAGAUAAAGAGAGCAGAUCCCCUCAUUCUCUCCGGCCUGCCCCCUCUUGCAAGAAGCUAUGGUUUGCUCAUCUCUUUUCCCUUAGUGGAGCAUUAGGUCCUUGGUUCAGUCUCCUCAGUCAUCAGUUCUUGGAAAAGAUGGAGACGGUAGACAGGAAGAGGAACACUGAAGUUGGAUGGCUUUCUUCAUUCACUGAGAAAUUCUUAAUACAUUUCUCUUUCCUAAUACUGGCUUCUGAUUCCCCAAAGGAAAUGGUGGCAGAUUUAUUUGAAUGUAAGGUUGAGGGUUCCUAUACCUGA